AAAUGAUUGCCUCCGAGCGGCAGUCUGUUAGCUUGCUAGCAGAUGAACAUAAACACGUUAUGAGUUGAGUUUUUGGAUAAAAUGCCAAGGGUUGGAGCUGGGGCGGAGCUGCGGACUCUGACGGAGUGUCAGUACAUUUAUCCAGAGGAGACUCUGUCUGAUCUUCAGAGGGUUCGCUCAGUGUUUUCUGAUCUUCGUCUUUAUGUGGACUUUUACUGUUUUCCAAACAAAGAGAAGAGGAAGCUGGUUUAUCUGGCUGGGACUGUUCCUGUUCACUAUGAAGGAAGUGAGUACAAUAUCCCAGUGUGCAUUUGGCUUCAUGAGACCCACCCGGUGUCCCGACCUCGCUGUUACGUCUGUCCUUCUGUCUCCAUGAUGAUCAGCCCGUCCUGUCCCUGUGUGGAUGCCUCUGGCAACAUCAGUCUGGAUGGACUGAAAAACUGGACUCAUGGUGUGUCCAACCUGUCACUGCUCGUGUCAGAGAUGAGGCAGGCCUUCCAGAAGGACACGCCCCUUUAUGCCAGGUCAGCUGUACAAGCCCCUUCCCCUGCAGGUGUGCAGGUGUCACAGUCCACUGGAAGCAUCCAGAACCCCACCUCCAUUUCCCACCCCAUCCCUCCCAUCACCUCCUCCUCUCCACUCAACCGUCAUCACUUCCUCACUUUUUCCCGCCUCUCUGAACAGAAAGCCAGUCAAUGGGAGCAGAGUGAGGAGGUGAGGGUGGGGAGGUCAUACACUGAGGAGCUGCUAGGGAUUGACUUCAGUGCUCCUCCUCCUACAGUUUCCUCCUCCAACAACCCCUUCCUGAGCUCUUCCUCAGGUGUCCCCCCUGCAGACCCUCUCAGUAGGAUGAUGAGAGCUCUGAAACUGGACAGAGAGUCCAGCAGAGACCAGCAGGGUGAGACACCUCUACGAAUGGUCCAGUUAGAAGGAGCCAGAGACAGACACACGCCAGAUUCUAUGGUUCCUGGUCCAGGUUCUGGACCAGCAGCUGGACCUCAUCAUGACCUUUGUACUGAGAGACCUCAGUCCCAAAUAGCAGCUGGAGUGGACCAUAUCAAGGUGAGUCAGACUAAAGUGUUCCAGCAGGUCUUAGGUGGUCUCAUCUCCUUCUUCCUCCUCGUCCCCUUUCAGAUGGCGUCUCAUCUUCCUCCAGACCAGGCAUCCAUUUUCAUCUCUCUGAUGACUAUGGAGGGACGAAGUUUCAUCCCUGGGGAUGUCAUGGAGGCGGUCCAACUCAACAGAGAUUUCCCAUCAGCCCUCAAGUUUCUGACUCACAGCUGCCCCAUCUGUCAGGAGCAGGUGUCCUUCAGUAAGAUCAUCACCAUGACUCACUGCUCCUGUUUCCUGUGUCAGACGUGUUUUAAGACGUUUUUCUCGUCAGCCAUUAAAGAGAAGAGCAUUGAUCAGCUGGUUUGUCCUCAGUGUGGAAGACCUGAUAUUAGAGGUCAGGGGGGGAUGGAGGAGUCCAUGGACUACUUCAACCUGCUUGACACACAGAUCCGUCACUUCCUGCCUCCCCACAUCCACGAACUCUUCCAGAGGAAACUAAGAGAUCGAGCUCUGCAGGAGAUGCCAAACUUCCGGUGGUGUGCUCACUGUUCAUUCGGCAUGCUUCAUGAAGCUGACAGGUUGAGGAUGGACUGUCCCAGCUGUAAGAAGAGUACCUGCUGUCAGUGCAGAUCACCUUGGUCCCCCCAGCAUCAGGGACUAUCCUGUCAGCAGUUCAGAGUCUGGCAGCAGCAGAACCUGCCAGACCACCACAACACCACCCUGUUCAGCUACAACAGCAUCGAGUGUCCAAACUGUCAGUUUGUCUUCAGUCUGUCGAAAGGAGGCUGUCUUCACUUCACCUGCAGUCAGUGUCAGCAUCAGUUCUGUGGAGGCUGCAGUCAGCCCUUCACCCUGGGAUCUGCCUGUGGUUUCUCUGCUGACUGUGGAACCAAAGGUCUUCACGCCCACCACCCCAGAGACUGCCUUUACCACCUGAGAGACUGGAGUGUGCCACGCCUGCACCUACUGCUUCAGUAUUGCCGAGUGUCUCCUGCCUGGUUAGAACCAGCGAACGGCAGUUUUCCUGGCACUAGUCAGACAGGAACAUGUUUGGUUUUGGAGCUGAGAGACGAUGGCAGCAGGCGGGAGGAGCCCUGUGGACGACCUGCUCCACCUGAAUACAGAGAUUACUGCCAGUUGCACUACAAGGAGCGCUUGGUGGAGCUGAUUAACCGUUGCCGUGCCGACCCGGCAGUCCUCUUCAACUCAGCAGAGAUGAAGGCGGAGCUGCAACGAUGGCACGUUGUCGUGCCGACCAGGAAACCAGAUGAACCGGAGUCACAGUACGCACAGCGCCUUCACCUGACUCUGACCAAUAGCGUUCCUCUCAGGAAGCGACGACACUCUCCACUCAAAAUAAGCCACGACCUCUGCCCUCCGACCUCUGCCGUGGCUCCUGGAGCUCCGCCUACUCACCUGCUGCUGAGCGACUGACUCUGCAUAUUCCAGACAUGGCAGCCAAUGAUGCAUGCAGCAUUCUGCAUCACCAUAGUAACCACUAACUUUGAUUUAAAAUGGGAAGUUUGAGAGACAAAAGCUGUGUCUCAGAUCAGGGGCCACGUCUGAACCUAGCGUUGUUAAAUGAGACAGUCUGGUCUGUGUCCAACUGUUCCUGUCGCCUAGCUACCGUCACAGCUGCAGUAGACAGUCAGGACACAGGGAGUAGGAAAGCAGCUGGAAAAUGUAUUUUUUACAUAAAUGUGUGUGUGUGUGUGUGUGUGUGUGUGUGUGUGUGUGUGUGUGUGUGUGUGUUUGUGUGUUUGUGUGUGUGUGUGCGCGCGUGCGUGUGUGCGUGUGUGCGUGUGUGUGUGUGUGUUACGACAGGCCCAAAAUGACUACACUAAAAAGGUUUGUUUUUACCACUGACAGCUCCGAUUGUUGUAAUAAGUGUGUGACAACACGAUGAAAGGAUCCUGCAGAGGUGGAGCUUUGUGUUAAAGAGUAAGAUCCUUUUAUUUAAACAGCUGUUAUAUCUCUCACCAAAGCCCCCAGACUCACAGAAAGGCGCUUCAAGUAGCAUUUUAUAAGGUAUUCCCGUGGGUUAAAACCCGGUACUUGCAUUUACAAGUGUAAUCCUGGAUAUGUUUGGGAUUGCUGUGACUCAUUCAGUCUUUGAAUGCAGCCUGACCCCUGAAUUGAGACACAGCUCCCUUGUAUUUCUGACCACGCCCACAUCUGCAGGUGUCAUACAGGUGUUCAUCUGCUGUGAUCACUGAUGGGGGCGUUGCCGGUCAUGUUUUCCAGGCUGAACUGAUGAAAACUAACCAGACGAAAACUAAAGAUCGUCACCUGUCAGUGACAUCAUCAGUGACAUCAUGAGUUUGCUGAAUUGGCUUCUGUUACACUGCCAGUUAAACAGACUUUAGUAGAAGAAGAAAGAAAUGGUACGAACACGAUCAAGCAGCCAAUCAGAGAUGUACACCUGAACAAGCUGAAUGUUAAUGAGCACUUUGAGACCUGGACCAAGCCAAGUCACUAUUUCAGCCAGUGUAAGCACCAGUUAGCAUGUGUUAGCCUUUGUUAGCAUGUGGGUAUGAGCAGGCAAAUGAAAAUGUUUUCUGAGAGCAGAGUUGUGUGUCAGUCGUCUGUGAUGGGCGUCGAACCUUCAACCUUCUGCUUUAGUUCUUUUUGCACUUUAAUUGUUUGAAUAAAUAAUAUCCU